CCGCCCCAGCCCGCCCCUCUCGUCUGCGCCCCUGCUGCCUGUGCUGAAAGCGGUGGCUCCAUGUUGUCCCCUCAGCGAGCGGUAGCGGCUGCCUCGAGAGGAGCAGGUGAUGCCAUGGAGAGUGGAAAGCCUGGACCAGUGCAGGUUGUUUCGGUUCACAAAGAGCAACAUUCCUUUGAGCUAGAAGAGAAAGCCUUGGCUAGCAUCCUCUUGCAGGACCACAUCCGAGAUCUCGAUGUGGUGGUGGUGUCUGUGGCUGGCGCCUUCCGAAAGGGCAAGUCCUUUAUUCUGGACUUCAUGCUACGAUACUUAUAUUCUCAGAAAGAAGGUGGCCAUUCAAAUUGGUUGGGUGACCCAGAAGAACCACUGACAGGCUUUUCAUGGCGAGGGGGCUCUGACCCCGAAACCACGGGGAUUCAGAUCUGGAGUGAAGUUUUCACUGUGGAAAAGCCAGGUGGAAAGAAGGUUGCCGUUGUUCUGAUGGAUACCCAGGGGGCAUUUGACAGCCAGUCGACUGUGAAAGACUGUGCUACCAUCUUUGCGCUGAGUACCAUGACUAGUUCCGUCCAGAUCUACAAUUUGUCCCAGAACAUUCAGGAAGAUGACCUUCAGCAGCUGCAGCUCUUCACAGAGUACGGCCGCCUGGCAAUGGACGAAAUUUUCCAAAAGCCUUUCCAGACACUGAUGUUUUUGGUUCGGGACUGGAGCUUCCCAUAUGAAUACGGCUAUGGGCUGCAAGGGGGCAUGGCAUUCCUGGAGAAGCGUUUGCAGGUGAAGGAACACCAACAUGAAGAAAUUCAGAACGUCCGAAACCACAUCCACUCGUGCUUCUCUGAUGUCACCUGUUUCCUCUUACCACAUCCGGGGCUCCAGGUGGCCACGAGCCCUGACUUUGAUGGGAAAUUGAAAGAUAUUGCUGGUGAAUUCAAAGAGCAGUUACAGACGCUGAUACCGUAUGUAUUAAACCCCUCCAAGUUAAUGGAAAAGGAGAUCAACGGCUCAAAAGUUACCUGUCGCGGACUAUUGGAGUAUUUUAAGGCAUAUAUCAAAAUUUACCAAGGGGAAGAUCUGCCUCACCCCAAGUCCAUGCUGCAGGCCACUGCCGAAGCCAACAAUUUAGCAGCGGCAGCCGCUGCCAAGGACGUGUAUUACAACAACAUGGAAGAGGUUUGUGGGGGCGAGAAGCCUUACCUGUCCCCUGACAUUCUAGAGGAGAAGCACGGUGAGUUCAGACAGCUCGCUCUGGACCAUUUCAAGAAGACCAAGAAGAUGGGCGGGAAGGACUUCAGCCUGCGCUACCAGCAGGAGCUGGAGGAGGAGAUCGGGGAGCUGUACGGCAACUUCUGCAGGCACAACAGCAGCAAGAACGUCUUCAGCACCUUCCGCACGCCCGCCGUGCUCUUCACGGGCAUCGUGGCCCUGUACAUCGCCUCGGGCCUCACCGGCUUCGUGGGCCUCGAGGUCGUGGCCCAGCUGUUCAACUGCAUGGUCGGGCUGCUGCUGAUAGCGCUGCUCACCUGGGGCUACAUCCGGUACUCUGGCCAGUAUCGUGAGCUGGGCGGAGCUAUCGAUGUCGGUGCUGCCUAUGUGUUGGAGCAGGCUUCUUCUCACAUUGGUAAUUCCACUCAGGCUGCCAUGAGGGAGGCCGUGGUCGGGCGGCCUUCCACGGAGAAGAAAGCGCAAUAGCAUCGGAACGGGAGGACCCUGCGAGAGCCGCCAGCCCCUGCCAGCCCCUGCCAAGUCCACGGGGCCUGGCCAAGGAGCCGAGCCUGUGAGACCCCCGGGGAGAGCGGACGCGCGGCGCUGUAAUAAAUGACUGGCCUCCCCUGUGGGUCCAGAUCUUAGACGCUUCCAUUUCUCCGGCAGCCGUUCCUUUCCUGCUGUCACGGAUCCAAGCCCGUGUCUGUUUUCUUAGUGUUCUCUGCUUUGUGCACUUUAUGGGGGAAGAAGCUAAAGGAAACGAUGGAAACGCAGCCUCUCAGUGCUCUGGGGGCCGCUUCCGUGCCUGUGGGAUUGAGCCUGCGCUGCCGCAGACACUUGGGGGGAGGGGCACCUCGCGGAGGGUGCUGUGUUGGGUGCAGCUUAAACUUCUUUUAUACCUUACUCUUUUGUAAAAGUUUACAAAACUGAGAAGAGCUUCAGAACUGCAGAGUAACCAAUCCUGAUGCCAUUGCGCUGUUUAUGAUCUUAGAGAACCCUGUCUGUCAGUGUGGGGCGAAUGCGGUCAUGUAAAUGCCCUCAGCUCUCCGGGCAGCCUGACCGUGUAGCUGCAGAGCGCUCUGGUUUCUUGUUCCUAGAGCUUCUUUCUAGAAAAGAGGCGAAUGUGCCUUGAAAAGCCAGGCUGGCUCGUCCUAAAUGGACCGAGCCGGAUCCCCUAAGAAUAAAAAGCUGCGUUUAGGUGAACAGUGUGACCCGUGGUCUGCCGCUUGGCUUUGUGCCUUGGUCAGACUCCCGGUGCGGCCCACAGCUCUCACACACAGUGGCCAUUUGAGAGGUUUUCUGUUUGAGUUCUGUGCAAGAAUAGAGCUUUUUUAAGGAUUCGAGGAAAGACUUUACCAAACAUUCGUGCCUUUCACUGAUGUCGCAGUCCCUGUGGCUGAGCGGUGAUGAGAGACUCGACGGCCUGGUUUACAAUCCUGACCCAAGGUGUGUAUUUGCACCGUCCUUGCACGCGUGGCCUUCCUGGUAAUGAAGCCGAAGCCCUCACUUUGAUGUGGUACCUCGGCCUUUAUUUACUUCGGAAUCGUCUCAUGGCCUUAAACCGCUUUGCUUAAUGAGGACCAAAGUCACCCACGUGAGGCUCUGUCUCCCCGCAUCCACUGAUUCUUUUUAUUUACCCUGAUUGUAUGAUGAGGCUUUGUCUGUCGGUGCCGUUUUCCUUUGAUUUCUAAUGAUGAAUUUUUGUGGAUUUCCAGCUUCUUCACACCCACCUGUAAGUGUUUGUAUUACCAUUCAGGUGCGUGAGCCUUAAUUUUUGAGAUAAUUUUUGUUGUGGGUGGGAGAUAGGGCUUAGGCAAAGCCGGAGUGUCACUUUUACAGAGAAGAGGUGUGAAUGGGAGCCCCGCAGCAGGACUCUCAGAGGGUGUCUUCUGAUGGACGUUUUACCACUGCAGGAUUUUUAUGUCUCCAAUUUAAUUCCAAGCAUAUUAUGUAUUUUUUAAAAAUUUUUACAUGCCAUUUUCCCUGGAGGUUGUUAUUAUUUUGCUCACUUGCUAAUAAAAUUUUAGAAAACUUCCAGCUUGGUCUAAGCACUGUUCUAAGCCGCUGCAUCUCAGUGGCGAGAGCUUUGACUGUUAGGUUGAGAGCUGUUCAAGUUCUGGCCUGGGUUCAGGUGGCCUCCCAUCCCUGGAGGCUGUGCUCACCAGGAGGCCUCGCACUUAGACUCCCGAUGCCUUCUCUAAGUAAAUGUAUUGACUGUGGAAUAACUGUCAGAAGUCAGAACUUUAAUAGUGAGACAGGAUAAUGUGUCUGAAUUCAUUCUAAGAUGAAAUUUAAUAUGCACGUGUUAGGGGCUUGCUUUUCACAGUGAUAACUGCGUGAUUUAAUGAAAGCUUGGGAUUUAGUUCCUGUGUGGAGCCACCAUUUCUGUUUUGGAUUUUAAAGGAAUAACCUUGGCUGGUUAUCCAGCGAAGUCUUCCCUCCAUUCAGUUCACUGUUCUGCCUCUAGAAAGCGUUUGCAGGGUUUCCUCUGGGAACGCUCUUAGCAGUCCGCUUUGGCCUUUUUUCUGUGACAGUGAUGAGGUCAUUUGCAUUCUCACGGCCACUGCUGGCUGUACACAGCCUUGGUGUCCGGGUUGAGGUCUGCUGCCUGCUGCGCUCUGAGCUGUUAGUUUGCACAGGAGCUCUGGCUGUGAGUGCGGCUUGCGCUGCCCCUCCCAGCAGGCCCUCCCUUGCUGGUAAUGUGCGCGUGUUCUCCAGUGUGGAUACGGAGCACCUUCCUCUGAACAUAAUAAUCAGGAGUUCCUCACAGUUUCUUUUAUUAAAAUAUCUCAGGACAAGUUCGUUGUUGCUAAUUUUAAAAAGGACUUCCAAAUUAGCUCCUUAUCAUAAAAAUAAUAGAACCAAACCUUUGGAGCUUGCGCUGAGGAAUCUCUCUAGACUAAUUCAAGGACAAGGCCAGGAGGAACCGCCAUGAACAAGGAUAAGCCAUGUUCCUCAUUCUAACUCCGACCACGCUGGGUAGAUGUACCUGCGAAUGUUGCUUCUGUUUUCCCCAUUCUUUCUCUCUUCUCUCACUCACUUUGGACACAACGUGCAUGUACACACACACACACACACUCUGCCUUGUGUUUGCAGUGUUCUUCCUGGCUUAUACACACGGUGCCUUGAACAGGGUGAGUUUGGGUGAGUCUGUGUAUGUGUGAGUUACAGAGAAACUGAGUAGGUUGAUUCAAGUCCAGCGAAAGCAAUAAAACAUAAAUAGCUUUACUUUUUUCCUAGCAUUUAUUUUUAAAACUAUGUAACUUGCAUCAGAUUCCUUGUGGAGCUAUUGCCAUGGAAUUGAGGAUGGUUUGGUGUUCACAUCUAAGGCGGCCAACAUGGGCUGUGUCCUUCUGGCUUGGGUUCGAAUCCAGCAGAGUCUCAGGGGUCAGGGUGUACAGCGACCAGCGUCAGUCACGGAAGCACAGAGCCUCAUUGUUAAAGUGGCAUCAAGAAGCCCCUUGUGAAAGACCACGGAACUGUGGUUGAAUAUCUCCUUACCUUCAGUCCACUGUGCUGUGUUUGGAGAAUUGGCUCUGGUCGACCCUGGCGUUCAUGAGACCUACCUAGGGAGCUUGUUAACCAAACAGAAGGUGGAAUUCCCAGCUUUGUUCCCACAGGUUGUCUGAUGGGGCUGUGCUAUCAGGAGGUUCAGGGAUUGGAGAGUCUGUUCAUGGGAUGGGAACUCCCACCGAGAGAUGCCGCUCAGUGCUGCCUGGACGGGGCUGCUGCCCAGUGCGGGAAGCGUCAGUGAGAGGUUCCCCUCAGGGCGUAAGGAUGUCUGGAUCCAGAGGGCUGUGUGGGCUUCCUCUAAACCAUCCUAGUGCCUUCCCUGGAAAACGAAUGGACGGUUACCCUGUUUACUAACAGGUGUAAUUGGGAUUCCUAAAGUUUUGAUAGCUGUAUUUUUAUUUUUCAUUUAAAAAGCAAAAUGUAGCACUGUGACUUGAACCCCUAAAUCUUCCACACACAGGAAACCAAAAACUAUAAAUAAAAAUAAUGAACAGUAAAGAGGGGCAGGCUCAUGACUUUGAUAAUUAGCGACCUCAGGACCCCAGGUCCAGAAUUUUCAAGCUGGACCUAGGGGUGGAGCGGUUUUGCAGGAAACUUGUCUGGGAAGGACUUUCACGGGCCAGAAAUUCGGGUGUGUCAUGGAGGGAAGGUUGCAUUGAUGCCCGGUGCGUUCUAACUUAGAUCAGUAAGUGCUGUCCUGGAUGUUUGCCUUAAAAGGAGUUCAUAUUAAUCUGGAACAUUCAAAAAUUUUCCUGGGGUUUCUCUUGUGUUGUUUUUCUUUAAAAAUGAUUUAUUAAAAAUACCUUAUGCUAAACCUUUGCCUUUGAAUGGCUUUAAAUUGUAUAAACCGUGCAAUGAGACGAGAUGAUGCCGCUAAUGUACUUGAAGCAUGUUUCUGUUUCACUUCUGGCUGCAAGGUCAUUUAACGGAAUAAAGACCACAACACCA